AUGGAGAAUUCCGGCUAUUAUUACGAUUCUACCAACGGAUUUAAACCAUUUUCGGUGAAUGGAACAGACACAAAUAUUCUCGAUGUACCACUACGCUAUCUGUUGGGUUUUGCGGAAGACUAUAGACGUAUUAUGCUGAAUGUCAAACAAGAAUUAGUGUUGAGACGAGCUGCCAACGAUAUUGAUUGUCUUAAUACCGAAGGUAAAAUUGACAUUAAACGCCUAGAGUGGAGGAUACCGUACAUUGAGGUUUCUGAUGAAGCAAAACUUUCUCUAUUGAAAAUGGUUAGAGAUGAUACACCUAUACAAAUGUCAUUCAGGCAUUGGGAACUUUAUGAGUAUCCGUCUGUACCAUCAAGCACAAAGCAUUCAUGGAACGUGAAAACUGCAUCACAUAUGGAAAAACCAAGGUAUAUUGUUGUUGCGUUGCAAACUGCAAGACGUGGUGUGGCAACAAAGAAUGCAUCACAUUUUGACAAGUGUAAAGUGAAAGAUGUACGUGUUUAUCUGAAUACACGUUACUUUCCCUACGAAACUAUUGACGGGGAUGAUUCUCGUAUGUAUAACAUGUACACACAAUUCAAUGGAACCUAUAAUCACGGAGAUACACGUGCCGGAAUUCCACUCCUACCAAAGUCUGCUCUACAAAAGUUGCCGUUAUUUGUUUUCGAUUGUUCACGACAGACAGAAACGCUGAAAACCGGCAGUGUGGACAUAAGAGUUGAUUUUGAAGCAAGUGAAAAUAUACCAGAAUCUACACGUGCCUAUUGUCUCAUGAUCUACGAUGUAAUUAAAGAAUACCGCCCCUUAACUGGAACGGUUCAUUCGGUCUGA